AAAAAUGAAUAUUCGUUCAGCAACAUGUGACGAUCUAAUAAAAAUGCAGCAGUGUAAUUUGUUGUGUCUUCCUGAGAAUUAUCAAUUAAAAUACUACAUGUAUCACGUGCUUUCUUGGCCUCAACUUUCCUAUGUUGCAGCCGAUCACAAAGGUAAUAUUGUUGGCUAUGUUCUCGCAAAAAUGGAAGAGGAGGCAGACGAAGAUCCUCAUGGUCAUGUUACUUCGUUGGCUGUUAAGCGUACGUUCCGUCGACUUGGAAUCGCUCAAAAGUUGAUGGAUCAGGCGGCUCGGGCGAUGAUUGAAGUCUAUAACGCUCGCUAUGUUUAUUUGCACGUCAGACAUACCAAUCGAGCGGCUCUUAGUUUGUACAAGAAUACUUUGCGUUUUGAGAUUUCUGAUUUGGAGCCGAAAUAUUAUGCGGAUGGAGAGGAUGCCUAUUUAAUGAGGCGAUCUUUGGUCCAAUUUGCCAAAGAAAACAAUAUUGCUACAAAUCUUACCGAAAAAUCGUAA